AUGGCAACGCAAAUGGAAUCCCCCCUUUUAGAUCCCUUGUCGGGCGUGGAUCGUGAGUCGCAAAGCUCGAAUAUGGCUAGUCCUGUGCAGUUCAUCAAGGAGUACAUCGAGCGCACUCUAAACACGCCGCCAGGAUUCCCUGUCAGCGUAGCUGCAGAGCAUUAUAAGCGGCAGCGGCUUGUAGAAGAAAUAGUGGAAUCGGAGACCGAGUACGUACAGAUGCUGAAGAUCUUGCGCAAUUGCUUCUUAGAUGUUCUGUCAAUUAAUGAUUACAUCCCAAUGAAAGUGUUGAAUAACGUGGUGGGGCAGAUCCUGGCACAUCAUGAAGAAUUAUGCCGCUGUCUUCAGGCAGUGGUCGAUGGAAGUGUCAAGCGGUUUGAUGAAACUACAGAACUCAAUUGGUCUGACCUGUCUCUCACAUCGUGGGAUCACCUUGAAGUGUGCCAGCAGGUUGCAGAAAUACUGAGCACCCAUGCCGUCCAAGCAAAGCAGUAUUGCAGCUACCUUUACUACUAUAAUCAAAUUAGCCAUCUUUUAGCGCGAAUGGGUCGCGAAAGUGAAGAUGGGCUUCUAUUUGCCAUACUGUUUCGCAUUGAGCUCUGCUUGCCAAAGUAUUACUCCCACACUUCACAUCAAGGCUACAAGCGUGACUUUUCUUUCCGCGCUAUGAUCCAGAUGCCGAUAAAUCGUAUUGCCAAGUACCGGCUUUUCCUUGAAUCGCUGGUUUACCUGACAGAAACCCCGUCUAUUACAGAUUUGAGACGUUUAGAUGAGACCAAGUGCCAAGCAUUGAUUCACAGUAUAAAGACUUCUCUUGGUAGCAUGUACUCGAAUUUACAAAAGGUGGAUGAGGCUAACUGCGAAAAAUUACCGGACCCUGCGCUUGUUCUAGUAUACAACAGGUUAACUUUUAGCUCGCCGGAUGAGCGUAUUCCAGUGGAAGCCAUGGGAAACUGUUACACCCGUGGAUGCCUUGCAGUUGCGUGGACGUGCAUGGAUGAGGCAGCGCACUCAGCAGGGUCUCAUCGUAAAUCGAGCGCGCGCUACUUCAACAACUUUCAUCGAGCAAAAAGGUCCCUGCGAAUCGAAAGUGAGCAGCUUGGCGUCUUUUUGUUCAAGUCCUAUUUGAUAUUUGCAGAGAUCCCGUCAUUCAAGCUUGGCACUGCAAGCUAUGAGUGGCCCAUUAAGUUCGCUAUACGGCUAGCGAGCUGUCGCCUCAUGGAUGCUCGACCCGCCGUUCAGCGCGCCCUGCAAGGAGGAAUGAAGGACUGUGGGAUUUACUCCGAGUAUGAAAAUGCAAUCAAACUCCAAUUUGAGUAUGACUUCAAGCUUUGGGAAAUACUGUUGCUAUGUUGGGACUCUCAGGAGCUCGAGGCUUGGCGCAAAGAACUAUCAUUGUUCAUCAACGAGAUUAACGGCCCGCAUACUUUUGGCGUAGAUCCCUUACGUGAGACUGUGUCACAGUCGGCGCUCGAAAGUACCUUGCACUUCAGCGACUCAACAACCUUUCCGGAUCAGAUGCUGCCUUUUAUGGUUUACAAUGAGAACCUUUCGGGACGAUUCGACCGGACACGCGCUUUCAAGCGGGGCUUGAGCACUCGGGCUGGUCAAUGCUACGAGGGCCAAACCGUAGAAGUGGCUGUUGAAUUUCGAAACGCAGACGUAGACAUGUCACCAUCCUCUACUUGGUUCCUCCGCGGAUCAUCGAGUCGCGUUAAUUGCACGACGCUAGCUAGCAGUAGUACUUGUGCUUUUGUGGAGGCUAGUACUGGCGUUUCUUCCACGCCGGACGCAGAGGCUAUCUCUAUCAACGAGCGUUGCAGAGAACAGAGGGAUUCAAGCGCGCCUUGCGCCGUCCUGUCGCGAUGGAGACGCGGCGAGAUUGAGCGCGCCAUGAGGGACGUGUGGAGCAGCCACUUAAACCUACAGGCUGCGGACAUUAUAACCACGGUUGCAGGCGCCAGUACGGGAACGAGUAUAUAUGAUGACACUCUCGGGUCGCUUCGUGCUCUGCUGCGCACUGCGUCGGACAAUUGCGUAGCUGUAACAGGUACCCAAAGCACGCCGGUCAAGUCGAGCUGUGCGCAGCCGCCUGCUCCUCCCGCGCGCGCCGCUACACGGUGGUCCAUUAAGCGGGUGUUCUCGCGGCGCCGCAGAGGCAGCCAGAGCGUCGUCCGCCAUCAAAAUGCUUUAAAACGUUAG